AUGACCACCAUACCAUCUCAUCUAUCGUCUGUUGGACCAUCACCAUCUCGCAACCCAUUCGCCAGACCAAAAUUAGGUGGAUCAUCCAGUAGUUCAUUCACGAGGAAGAGCUUGUUACCCUCUGUGCUCAGUCCUGCUAGAUCCGGCCCACCACCACAGAAUGACAACCAUCUUGUCACUCCGUCUCACAAGACUGCAGCUGGUGUAGCUGAACCUGUCAGUACGAGUAAACCUAAAUCGGCAUGGAGAUUACUUUGGAGAGGAGGGUUGGAAAUCGGCAACGAAGGUUGGAGGUUGGAUGGUAUAACGUUCUUCGCACUACUUUCAUUUCCACCUCCAACACCUUCCAACAAAGAGAUCAACCCAUUCGAUGUACCUAUCACACACACUACUCCAGGGACAAGCACACCAGGAGGGGGAGGGGGUAUGGGAUCACCCUUCCCAUUGACCAAUGGAGAUACCGAUCUAUGUCUAUCGCUCGAAUCCAUGAGAGGAAGGAAGUACCUCCAAGUAAGAGGGAUGGUCGAACUGCCUCCUGAUGAGGUAUUGGAAGGUGAAUCAGAGACCAAGAUAUAUAUGUCAAUUUCACCUCAGGCUCCUCUUUUAGCUGCGUACUUUACUGGAUUGUUAUGUAGAUCGGAGAAGUUGAAUGAUAACGGUAGGACUCUGAAUGCUAUAAUGAUAGGAUUGGGUGAUGAAGGGAUUGAUUCAUCGAAUAAUUCCACGAUUCUCGUAUAUGGGCAAAGGCAAAAACACCCACAAGAUCAAAGGAUAUUGAAACUUUGUGUAGGAAGAAGGAAACCACCUCCAGCACCAACGAGCGAAAAGAAAGUUAGACCUGGUGAACCGUUACCUCGAGCACCUCUGUUCUUUCCUGCCAAAGCACCCAAGAAACCACCACCUCUGUUUCCUUCUCGAUCUUUAUCUAGAACCUCAUCAGUCUCUUCAUCGAUAUAUCAUCCUCCUCAACCACAGCCACAACCUCCAUCACGAUCUCACAGUCAAAAUGAACCUCCUGCACCUGUAUCGGGACGGACUCCAGGAAGGAGGGGGGAGAAACGACCUAGAAAGCUAGACUUGAAAGAAGGAGAUGACGACAAGAGGAAGAGGAAAUCGGGUAAGAUCGUACUUGACAAAACGAUAAAGAUGGAAAGAAAUCCUUCGUCUUCAAGCCCCAAACACCCAGAUGUGAAGAAGGAGGAAGCAAUAUCCCAAAGAGAUGACAACGACGACGAUGAAGAAGAAGAAGAAGAGGAUAUUUUUGGGAAACGAUCUAAAUCCAUUACUCCCAUUCCUCCAAUCUCUAUGCACAGGAGCAAAUCUAGUGAGAGUCUCAGCACGGUAAAUCCCCUUUCGGAUGAUGUUACAGGUACUAUCAAUGGCGAGAUGAGCAGUACAACCAAGAAGAGAGUUAGGGUUCCUCAACAAGUAUUAGAUAAUAAAGCUGCAAUACGUAAACAGACUUUACUAUUACUUGAAAAUCGAAAUAUAUCACGUACGAAUGAUAUGUUCAAGGAUAUAUUCGGGAUGAUCACCAAAUCAACUUACUUCGUAUUUAGAGAUAAAUUACAUGUUAAUCAAAUUCCAAAAACCGAUAUACAUAAAAUCAUCAACAUUCAUCUAGAUAUGUAUCUACCUUCAUCUCUUGAUGGAACGAUCGGAGGAGACGAACGGAUGGAUCUGGACUUGGACGUAGAUAUGAAACCUGAAAAAUUGGUUGAUAUCAAAGAAGAGAAAUAUGAGGAAGUGAAAUUGGAAGGUACUUUCUUACAAGCGAUUCAUACCCAUGUCAAAUUGGAGUCUGUCGUAGAGGAAGAUGAAGGGGAUUAA